ACAAUUUGGACUGAGCACAACAACAAAUGACCAAGGUGGCCAAUGCCAAACAGCGAGAUUUUGAGUUCGCUGAAGGUGAUAAUGUCUUACUUAAGUUUCGUUCACAUCGCCAAUCAUCAGUCCAACGGCGCAUCAGCCAAAAAUUAGCCCCAAGAUACUUUGGUCCCUUCACUAUUGUGCGAAAGUUAAGCACAGUAUCAUACAAGCUUGCACUACCUGCUACAGCUAAGGUACACCCUAUUUUUCAUGUGUCUCAACUUCGAAGUGUGGCAGGCAUGUAUCCAGUUUUGCUAAGCUUCCCGGGGAUAUCAAUAGAUGAACAAGGGUAUAUUCCCCAAGAUGUUCUGGCAAUCCACGAGCAGAGUGGGAACACCCAGGUUUUAGUGCAAUGGGAGGGCCAGCCAAAGGAUGACACUACUUGGGUUGAUAUUGCUGAUUUUCGUGGCCAAUUUCCAAACUCCAACCUUGUGGACAAGGUUGUUUCGUUGGCAUGCAGCAUUAAUAAAGAACGUAAUCAGUGGAUAGUGUACACACGUAAAUGGUUGAGUAAGCCUAAUUGGUUCACUAGAUGGACAGCCCGACUAGAAAGGCAAUUAACGGCAAAAUCGACUCAGCAUAGGGGCAUUUAGUGCUUAGGCCAAGUUUUACAACAAUGGAAAAAAAAAUCAAAUUUUAUCAUUUCUUUUUGUUGAAAUUAUACCAGGAGAAAACAUAGACUAACAAUAUUAUGGGCCUAUUCAGCAUCAUGAAAUUUCUUGAGUUUUAUAGAAAACUACAAAAGAGAAAAUGGAAAAUGAAGUUGUAUGUUCAAAAUGAACUGUUUCUGGAAUUAGAAAACAUUGUUUCACAGCUGAACAACGAAUUUUAAAACGAACCAAAAAAGGUGUUAUCCAGGUUUCAGUAAAUGGAAGACACUUUCUAAACAUAAAAAAUAAAUUAAACUUCAUCAAUAACUACCAUCAAUUACCUAUCCACCACCACCAAUACUACCAUCACCACAGCCUUGUAAUUCCACCCACCACGGACAUUCAUGACAUGCUUCCCUGUCAUAAUUAUCCAUCCACCAUUCCACCUCCCAUUACUGCCACUACCACUAGCUAAUCAAUAUCUUCAUCCACCAUCACUUCUAAUCUUCAUUCAAUCCAUCCCCCACCAUUGAUGCCGAUCA